AUGUGGCAGCUACGAUACCUAACGCCAAGAAGUUCAACGCCACGAACCAGAGGAGAACGAUAUCGGAACCUUUUGAUCUACUUGCUAAAGAGAAUAAUGGCUUUGAAUGGCGGAGCUCCACCACGAGGAAGUGCAGCUGCGGCGGCAGCCAACUUACGAAGGAGGAGGACCGGUGGCGCCACUGGAAGUUCAGCUGCAGGUGGAACUGCCGGAAACAUGCUGCAGUUUUACACAGAUGAUGCACCUGGAUUGAAGAUAUCCCCAAAUGUUGUUCUUGUGAUGAGCAUUGGGUUCAUUGCUUUUGUUGCUGUUCUUCAUGUCAUGGGUUAUGGGCCUGUUGGUGUUUCCACUGUGUUGUCUAGAAUAGUCUGUGGUCACCAUCUAUACUCUGGUAGAUGA